AUGAACGGCACAGAGGGACCUGCCUUCUAUGUGCCCUGGGACAACAGCACUGGCAUCGUGCGGAGCCCCUAUGAGUACCCCCAGUACUACCUGGUCUCAACGGCGGCCUACUCCGCCCUGGCCGCCUACAUGUUCCUACUCAUCCUGCUCGGCUUCCCCAUCAACUUCCUCACCCUCUACGUCACCCUGGAACACAAGAAGCUGCGGACGCCCCUGAACUACAUCCUGCUGAACAUGGCCGUGGCCAACCUGUUCAUGGUUUUCGGCGGCUUCACCACCACCAUGUACACCUCCAUGCACGGCUACUUCGUCUUAGGGCGCACCGGCUGCAACAUCGAAGGAUACUUUGCCACCCUGGGCGGUGAGAUCGGGCUGUGGUCGCUGGUGGUGUUGGCCAUCGAGCGCUGGGUCGUCGUCUGCAAGCCCAUGAGCAACUUCCGCUUCGGGGAGAACCACGCCGUCAUGGGCGUGGCCUUCACCUGGGUCAUGGCCAACGCUUGCGCUUUCCCCCCCCUGGUGGGCUGGUCUCGUUACAUCCCCGAGGGAAUGCAGUGCUCAUGCGGAGUCGACUACUACACCCGCGCCGAGGGCUACAACAACGAGUCUUUCGUCAUCUACAUGUUCACAUGCCACUUCAUGGUCCCCAUGAUCGUGAUCUUCUUCUGCUACGGACGGCUGCUCUGCGCAGUGAAGGAGGCUGCCGCCGCCCAGCAGGAGUCCGAGACCACCCAGAGGGCGGAGAGGGAGGUGAGCCGCAUGGUGGUCAUCAUGGUGCUGGGCUUCCUGAUCUGCUGGGUCCCCUACGCCAGCGUGGCCUGGUACAUCUUCUGCAACCAGGGCAGCAUCUUCGGCCCCAUCUUCAUGACCCUGCCGGCGUUCUUUGCCAAGUCCUCGUCCAUCUACAACCCCCUGAUCUACAUCUGCAUGAACAAGCAGUUCCGUCACUGCAUGAUCACCACCCUGUGCUGCGGCAAGAACCCCUUCGAGGAGGAGGAAGGAUCCAGCGCCAAGACCGAGGCCUCCUCCGUCUCCACCAGCUCCGUGUCCCCCGCGUAA